AUGUCCAGCCGAUAUGUCCAUCUGGGCAGCGCCACAACCACUCAGCACGCUACUGCUUGUGAUACCCCCGUGAUUCAUGGUUGCCCGACCAACUUACUGCAACGACUGGCCGAUCAAACUGCCUACGGUGCAGUAGUGGCUGAUGCAUGUGAAUUCAAUCGUGGACUCUCACGUGGACGAGCAGCUCGAUUGCCGUUUGUCGAUUUGGCCACAAGAACUACCCAGCGUCCGGCACCAUGGCUCUAUCGACCGCAAUGUGAUCGAUUUAAAGAUGCAGAAGACGGAGGAACGCAUAUAGUGCUGCGCUAUUUGCGCCAUCGGUGGCGUUUGGACAGUCCUCCACUUAGUCGUCGACGCAAGCUUGCUGCUGACCGUCUGUGGUACACUCUACAAACGGGUCUUAAUGCAUUGGGUGUGCCUGCCGAGUUGGUUCCCGUUGUGACCAAGCGGGCGUACACGAUCGCUGGUCUCCCCAUUCCACCUCUCUUAGCCAACAGUUUGGAUUCCGCCAUGCCCAAGCAAGGUCCAACACCUCAUCAAAAUGGGUCAUUUAGUGGAACCGUAAAUUCUUCCGCCAAUGUAACCAAUUCAUCUGCGAGCAAUGUGACUGGUAGUGGCACCGGUGGUUGUGGCAGAACGUCAGCCAGCUUAGGCACGGUCAGUUCUAAGCGGUUGCCUAAUAUGGUGGCGGAAAUAACGACUGUAGACUUGGGCCGGAAGCUGCAUUCCCGUAUCGGGGUUAGUAAUACUGAAGAGGACGCGGAAUUGGUUGAGGACAUGACAACUAUGUGUGAUGGCUCACUUCUUCGUUCUCGUAGCAAUACAACCCAUCAGGACGAAAGCAAUGCAUCACUUGUUGUAGUCGUUAGUGGUGGUGAAGAUUCCGGUCACUCGAACGAGACAGGAGCCGUCACAUCCGGUGUAAUACGCCGCUCCGGUGUUGCACAAGUUUGUCCAGAGGAAGAAAUGCGGACAGACGAUGAAACGCAAUCUGUGCAUUCGGGAACCGGUGGAUUGGUAAGUGGCACGCGCACCGGGACAAAAUCUUACGAAAUUGAGCCCGAUGUGGAAACUGAGGAUGAGGAUGAUCAGGCAGCGGACGCCGAUGGAGAUGAGGAUGCAGAAAUGGAGGAGGAGCUAGAUGAUGAUGUCGAAUGGAUGCAUUCUGGUCGACGUCGAAGUGCACGGGGUUUCGCUACACGUCGUGCUUUUAAUAGUACCCGAACUUCUCGGGCAAUUGCUGGAGCGUCUAAGGGUAAUCGUUUUGGAUUAUCCGGCGGGCGCUUGACAAGCCGACACAUCAACACUGGUCAACGAAAUCUGGGUGGCCGGCAGAAAGUGAGUAUAUCGGGUUGA